AUGGAUUACGAGAACAGUUCAAAAGCCCAGAAAAGCCGCAUUACAAGCACUUUAUACUGGACGGUACUCGUUACAUGUCUGGGAUCGCUCCAGUUUGGGUACCAUCUGGGGGAGCUUAAUGCAAUAGGGAGGGUCAUGUCGUGCCGAGUUUCAGUCCCUGGUCCCUAUCCUAAUAGAGACUCGCCCUGGGAAAGCCUUGGAUUUGCCAAGUGUAUACCGACAAAUAAUGAUCAGUUCGCUACAGUGACUACCUUAUUGUCUGCUGGUGGUUUGUUAGGAUCUUUGGCAGCAGGGUAUUUGGCAAACAGGCUGGGAAGAAAGCCCGUCUCCGUGCUUAAUUGCGCAUUAUAUUCACUGGGAAGUGUGGUUAUGAUGAUGUCUCAUAACCUAGCACUUCUCUACACAGGAAGGUUCAUUGUGGGGAUUGCGGCUGGUUCUUGCCUGGUGGUAGCGCCUAUGCUUAUCAAUGAGGUUACACCGGAAAUUCACCGAGGCUUCAUGGGUUCGAUGAUGCAAUUCUCUGUUUCAGGUGGAAUACUGUUGUCUCAGACACUGUCUGUUUUUUGGUCAAAUGAUCAGCAAUGGAGGAACAUGUUUUUGAACAGUUCAAUGUUGGCCGUUGUGUCGUUUUGUCUGACGUUCACUACGGUUGAAUCGCCUAAAUGGCUAAUUGUCAAUCGCAGCGACUAUUUGCGAUCCACUGAGAUAUUGCUCAAGAUUAGAUCCGAGCCUGAAGAAAUAGACGCUGAUGUGGACCAUUGGAGACAGCUGACCGAAAGGAAAUACACCGAGGCUGACGAGUUAACUGAGCUUCUUCCUUCAAGAUCAAGACGUGGUUCUAUCAACCAACAGGCUACGGUCUCUACAUUACAAUUUCUUACUCACAAGGAAUUUCGCGAGCAGGCUAUUGCGGUAAUUGGAGUGAUGACGGCAGCUCAGUUGACGGGCGUGAAUUCUAUCACCUUUUACGGUGUUGAUAUCCUAAGCUCUAUGGUUUCUUCAAGUGUUCUUUUGAUCAAUCUAAUGGUCUCGCUGGUGAACUGCACUUCAGUAGGAGUUGUAUCGCCUUUUGUGGAUCGACUAGGAAGAAAACCGCUGCUCUUGGUGUCAAUAUCGUUGAUGAUGGUUUCCUCCGCAGUGAUUGCAUUUUCCACCACUCACGGCUACGAACUACUUGCUAGUGUAUGUGUAUUUGUGUUUGUGAUGGGUUACUCUCUUGGUCUUGGUCCAGUGCCAUUUUUGAUUGUGAGCGAACUCGCAGACCAUCGGUGUGCUGGAACCGCACAGAGUCUAGGAACCACAAUGAACUGGGUUUCUUCCAUAAUAGUGAGUUAUUUUUUUCCAAUUUGUCUGGACGCCAUGAAAGGCUACGUUUUUUACUUGUUCACGGCAAUUGGAGCAGCAUACCUUGCGUUUACGCUAAAGUGUAUACCAGAGACUAAGGGGAAAGUUACAGUCGAGGCUGUUUGGGGAAGGGUUUACUAA